AUUCCAGCAAUAAAGGCCAAGGCAGGUGGCCCUGGGACUCUUCGUCCUGUGUCUGCUGUGAAGAGAGGAGUGCUGGGUGGGCUUCAGUGCUGGAUUACCUGUGAGGAGUUUACAGUUUAAUUUCAAAAAGAAAACCUCAAACCCAGGACAGCCAUGGAUGAUGUAUAUAAAGCAGCGGUAGAGAACUUGACAGAAGAACAGAAAAAUGAGUUCCGCGCCGCGUUCGACAUCUUCGUGCAGGACGCUGAGGAUGGCUGUAUCAGCACUAAGGAGUUGGGCAAGGUGAUGAGGAUGCUGGGCCAGAACCCCACUCAAGAAGAGCUGCAGGAAAUGGUAGAUGAAGUAGAUGAAGAUGGAAGCGGGACAGUGGACUUUGAUGAGUUCUUGGUCAUGAUGGUGCGCUGCAUGAAAGAGGAGAGCAAAGGAAAAUCAGAAGAGGAGCUGGCUGAAGUCUUUCGCAUGUUUGAUAAGAAUGGAGAUGGUUACAUUGAUUUAGACGAGCUGAAGAACAUGCUGGAGUCGACAGGUGAGGCCAUCACUGAGGACGACAUUGAGGAACUCAUGAAGGACGGAGAUAAAAACAACGACGGCAAGAUUGAUUACGACGAGUUCUUGGAGUUCAUGAAGGGCGUUGAGUAAAAAUCCCGCCUAUAUAUCCAAAAGACCGCGAAAAGAAACCUGUCAUUUCAUUCCCUGACGCAAACCAUCUCUCUGACGUCACCACAUGGACACUCACUUGGGAAGCACAGAAAAUGAUCUGUAUUUCAUAUAUUUCUGUAAUUUGGUAACUGGUUUCAUGUACUGCUGCCCAGAAUAGUAAUGUUAUUUGUGCUUAAGUAAACACAUUUUC